AAACGCCAUUGCUCAAGUCGCACGACCAGGAACAUCUUUGAAACUCCCUGGAACUAGCCAAGGUGGAGGCCCCAGCCCAGCCGUUAGGCUUCAAUGCUAACAAAUCCAGAUGGCCCUUUCAUAAAUCUGUCUCGACUGAAUUUAGCAAAAUAUGCUCAAAAACCCAAACUGGCAAAGGCAUUGUUCGAAUAUAUUUUUCACCAUGAAAAUGACGUAAAAAAUGCUCUAGAUUUGGCAGCCAUUGCCACUGAGCACGCACAAUUCAAGGACUGGUGGUGGAAAGUCCAAAUUGGGAAGUGCUACUAUAGGUUAGGAUUAUAUCGUGAAGCCGAAAAACAAUUUAAGUCAGCUCUCAAGCAACAGGACAUGGUUGAUACAAUCUUGUAUUUGGCAAAAGUGUAUGUGCGCUUGGAUCAGCCUGUAACAGCUUUGAACCUUUUCAAGCAAGGGUUAGAUCGAUUUCCUGGAGAAGUGACUCUUAUUUGUGGAAUUGCCAGAAUCUACGAGGAAAUGAACAAUAUCUCCUCAGCUGCAGAGUACUAUAAAGACGUCUUAAAACAAGACAAUACUCACGUGGAAGCCAUUGCAUGCAUUGGCAGUAACCAUUUUUAUUCAGACCAGCCUGAGAUAGCUCUGCGCUUUUAUAGACGGCUCCUGCAGAUGGGUGUUUAUAACUGCCAACUUUUUAACAAUCUGGGCCUCUGUUGCUUCUAUGCCCAGCAAUAUGAUAUGACACUAUCUUCAUUUGAACGUGCACUGUUUUUGGCUGAAAAUGAGGAGGAGACAGCAGAUGUGUGGUACAACUUGGGACACGUGGCUGUGGGGAUAGGAGACCUGAAUCUGGCUUACCAGUGUUUCAAGCUAACGUUAGUCAACAAUAACGAUUAUGCGGAAGCUUACAACAACUUGGCUGUGCUGGAAAUGCAAAAAGGUCACAUUGAACAGGCAAGAGCUUUGCUGCAGACUGCUUCAUCUUUAGCACCUCAUAUGUAUGAGCCCCACUUCAAUUUUGCAAUACUCUCAGAGAAGGUUGGAGAUCUUCAGAGGAGUUACACAGCUGCUCAGAAGUCAGAAGAAGCAUUUCCAGGCCAUGUUGAUACACAACAGCUCAUCAAACAGUUAAAACAGCACUUUGCUAUGCUCUGAUGAGCAUAUUUUUUAUUAUAUAAAAACAGUUAGCCAGAGAAAAUGUCCCAUACAUCUUUUCGAAAAUACUAGCUCAAAGUAGAUAAACUACUU